ACCAGACUGCGCCGGGCCUGAGCUUGAUUCAUGUGAUGAACAUUGAGGAGCAGAGCGGAGCUCAGGCUUCGUGUCAAUGGAAUUAAUUGAGCGCGGUGUGGAGUUUAUUCCCUGCCCGAACAGACGCCAUGUUUGCCCGCUGUCCUGCUCUUUGUUCCACGCUGUGCUGAACGACCUCAUGAUCCUCGCCUAGAUGACCUUUAUGAACCUACACUAUGGAAGACCGCGCCAGGAGCUGGUCUUCCCUGUAGGAUGGUAGCGCACGGCGCCGUGGAAGACACGUCAGGCACUUCAGCGGACCGCCGAGCCCCGCCCCCGCGCCCCGAAAACCGUACGCACUUCCGCUCGUUCAAGAGCGAGAGCGACUUCAAGGCCAUCGUCGAGACCACGUUGAUGCUGGAGGAGAGUGGAUUCUACUGGGGGCCCAUGACAGUCGAAGAGGCCCACCACAAGCUCAGGAAGGAACCCGUGGGAACGUUCCUGAUCCGGGACAGUCAACAGAAGGACGUUUUCUUUACGCUAAGCUACAGAGCUUUGAUGGGUCCCAACAGCAUUCGGAUAAACUUCCAGAACUCGUGCUUCAGUCUCACGGGGAGCAAGGAGACGUUCAAGAAUCUCUUCCACCUGCUGGAACACUACUCCAGCACGGGAAAGAAGACCCUGCAGCGGCCGUACAGGAAGCAGCGCGUACGAUCGCUGCAGGAACUCUGCCGCAAACGGAUUAUCGAAACAUCUGGAGCGCAGGCUAUCGAUGAACUUCCGGUCAAUCCCGUCGUCAAAGACUUCCUCCGCUCUUUUCCGUAUCGGCUCUGAAGGCUCGGACGCAUUAAAGCACCGCUGUGGGAUUAUGCUGGUCAUACUUGACGGCUGCAAACAGGCACUUUGUAGCACAUUUCGGGAAGACUUGAACGAGUUCAAAGUUUACAUCAUGGUUGAAUGUUUACACUAUCAUGCAGAGAGUCCCGGGGCUUCCUGUGAUUUUAUUUUUGCUAUGCAAAAAGCUAUAUUUCUUUAUCAGUAUUUUUAUAAAAGUAAUAAAUGUAUUUUUAAACAAUUAAAAACACAAA